GCCGAUGACGCAGACGUGACGCAGCGCGGAUGUCCCAGAAUGCCGCUGUCUGCCAGCGCAGCAGUGAUCAAUGGUCAGGCGAGUCGGAUCAACCGGUGAUUUAACGCGUUAAACGUUAAGAGAUCAACCGACGAUCGAAACGCUUCGUCUCGGAUGGAAAUCGCUCGACGUGACUUUUCAUGAGUAAAAGAGAUCUGCGAAAAGAGAGACAAUCAUCAUCAUCAUCAUCAUCAUCAUCAUCAUCUCCUCCUCAUAAUCAUUACCCGAGCCGAAGACAAACCCAGCAGGGCGGAUGGCGAGUCCCAGAACCAGACGUGUGCUGAAGGAGGUCCGGUCUGAAGACGAGAAUAAUGUGUGUUUCGAGUGCGGCGCCUUUAACCCGCAGUGGGUCAGCGUGACGUAUGGCAUCUGGAUCUGUCUGGAGUGUUCGGGCAAACACCGAGGCCUGGGCGUCCACCUCAGCUUUGUGCGGUCGGUUUCGAUGGACAAGUGGAAGGACUUGGAGCUGGAGAAGAUGAAGGUGGGAGGAAACAGGAAGUUCCGUAUGUUCCUGGAGCUGCAGGACGACUAUGACCUCAGCUGGAGCCUGCAGGAUAAAUACAACAGCAAAGCCGCUGCGCUCUUCAGAGACAAGGUGGCGACGCUGGCUGAAGGGAAGGAGUGGACGAUCGAGAACUCGCCCGCCAGGAACUGGACUCCUCCACAGGCCAAGAUCGGCCUGAGCGCCACCCACCGGUCCAGUGCCGCUGCGGGACAAAAUCACACUCACUCCUCUGAUAAGAUGUUUGAGGACUGGCUGACUGAUGAUGUCAACUCCUAUCAGAAUGCUGGAGCGUCCGGUGCGCAGGAGAAUCGAUAUGUGGGAUUUGGAAACACUCCCAACCCGCCCAAGAAAGAUGAAGACUUCAUGAACAACGCUAUGUCUUCCAUCUACUCGGGCUGGAGCAGCUUCACCGUGGGAGCCAGUAAGUUUGCAUCGGUCGCUAAAGACAGUACCACAAAAUUGGCCAGCCAAGCAACUCUGAAGUUACGGGGCUAUAAACCACCGCCUGAGCCGGCUACUGAAUUGGGACAGACGUUAAAUGACAGUGUUAUCAAGCCCACACAGGAGAAGGUGAAGGAGGGAAAGUUGUUUGAUGAAAUGGCCGUCAGCAUCACAGGUCUGGCCACAAAGGUUCAGGGUGCAGGCGCUAAAGGCUGGAAGGACAUGACAUCUUUCUUCGGUGGGAAACAAGAGGCCGCUGAUGAUGGUUCUGCAUACGAAGAAGGAUAUCAGAACCAGGGGCCUAAGCCCAACUUCUGGGAAACCUUUGGUAGUAACUCAGCUCUCAGCGACAACAAUGUAGAGAGGAGCUCAGAAGCCCAGUCCAACAACAAGAAUAGUGCUGCAGACGGCUGGGACACCUGGGACAAUGACUGGGAGAAAGCUGGAGAUGACAAGGACAAGAAGAGCACGUCGAAAGCGGCUGAGGACUCUUGGGACAACAGCGGCUGGUAGACCUGCAGAGGGUUUGUGUGUUUGCUUUCAUUGGCCUGUCCUGUACAACACGCAUCACAAACACACCUCUGACUAGACAUGUCCCUCGUUUCGCCUGUCGUUGUUCGUUUCUGUUGAGAAUAAGUUGAUAAAGAUCUUUUUGAUGUCCCUGUCCAUAAUGGAGAUGUUUAAUAUUACAGUAUAAAGUUUGUUAUUAUAGUGGAUUUGACACCAGCAGAAAUCUGCAUGUCAUCUGCUGUUUGUGGUCCGUAGAUCAUAAAGCUUCAGAUCGCAGUGGCUUUCCUGUGUCAUGACAGACUCCUGUUUGUUCAUGGUUUAUUUUAUAUGUAUGUGUUUAUUAUAUAUGUGUAUAUAUAAUGAGCCGUCAAACAGAUUCGUAUUCAAAGAAAAAAAAAAUGCAUUUUUAUCAUUAAAAUCAUUUAGGCUUCCUGUUCAUAAUGUAAUCACAAUAACCAAAUGGUCAUCUGUAGAAGCAUGACGCAUGGGCUUUUCAUCGUUUUAGUUAUAUCCUCAAAUUCAUCAUCCAUCACCUCAUGCCCUUUUUAUGGAAAUUGCAAA